AUGUCUCAUAUAAAGAACUAUUUUCUUAAUCUGAACCUUUUCACAUCCGAUGCUGACAAUACAAAAAAAGACGAUGAUCAUCAACUUCGUUCGAAUGUGAUUGCUACUCGAGUCUAUCUUGUGCUUAUGAUACUUGCACUCAUCAUGGUUGCUUUGGUUUCAUGGUUAAGUCAACGAACAACGACUGUUAAAGUUCAACAUCCAAUGAAAGAUCAAUUAAACUAUUUUCCUCUCGAUGCACGAUUACAUAUUCGUAUUCGUCAAAUAAGAACACUGAUAAACAAAGCUAUUUUUGAAUUGAACAUUUUCGAAAAUCGAUCGAACAAUGAACACCAUUUACGUUAUCAGCGCAUUGCAACCCGUCUAUACAUAUUUUUUCUUGUUAUCUCAAUCCUCAUAAUAACAGUUUAUUCAUCAUCAGCUAAACAUAUCUUCCGUGAAACUGUUCACAAUCCAACCGAAUCUCAAUAUAUUCAACUUCAACAAAUAUAUCCAAACAGUAUAUCAUGUCCAUGUACUUCAAUAUCCACGAGUUAUUCGACUUUUAUUACCAUUCAACCAUACUACCAUCAAAUAUGUACUAGUGAUUUCGUAACACAAAGAUGGAUAGAUUACAUUGAAAUUCAUUUGGAUCAAUUCUAUCCUAUUUUCGACUAUCGAGUGAAUGCUGUUACUCAAUUUAAAUUGCUAGCUACAGUUUGUCAACAAGCGAAAAAGACAGUUGUUAAUGCUGUUGAAACUUUUCUGAAAAUGGAGUUUGUAGAAUCACAAGUUGUUUCUCAAAUGAUUUUUGAAUCUGAAAUGAAUUCACGUAUUGAAAGUUGGAAAAUGACUACUAUCAAUAAUUUCUUGCGUACAAUUCAACUUGUUCAAGCAACUGAUCGUGGUAAUCACUUGAUGAAUGGUAACUUUGAUGUUUUCUUUCAGAUAGAUAAUGCUUCACAUAUCACGACAAUCAAACCAAUGGAUUACGACAAUUGUUCCUGUGAUUUAUCACAAUCAUGCCAUAUUCCCAUGAAAAUCUAUUUCAUUGAUAUUCAAUCUCGAAAUUUUCGAUGA